GGCGAUGUUUAACAAAUCCCUAAAAGAUUAGUUCAAAGUCUUGGAACGAUAGAACGCGGUCAUGAGACUCAUGACUCGUGAAUUCGAAAAAACAAGUUAAGUCCCUCAUAUUUUCCAGAAAAAUCAUCAAAUCAAUCUGACUAUUCGUCUUCCAAUUUGUCCCCAAAGUAAACCCUAACUUCAUCUUCUCUCUCUCCUCAAAACUCCCAAAUUAAUCCCCAAAUUCUCCAUGAAUUUCGCGAAUUAGCGUCAACUUUCUUUCCUCAUUUAGAUUCUUCAGCCAUGUCGGAAGCUUCAACGGCGGUGAUUUCUCCGACGAGCUCGCGAGUGGUGACGGAAACCGUAAAUGGGUCUCACAAGUUCGUGAUCCAAGGCUAUUCAUUGGCGAAAGGUAUGGGAGUUGGGAAACACAUUGCGAGCGAUAAUUUCAGCGUUGGAGGGUAUCAAUGGGCGAUUUACUUCUACCCAGAUGGCAAAAAUCCUGAAGAUAAUUCAGCUUAUGUCUCCGUCUUCAUCGCUUUAGCGAGCGAGGGUACCGAUGUCAGGGCUUUGUUUGAGCUCACUCUUGUUGAUCAAGGUGAUCAACCCAAGCAUAAGGUUCAUAGUCAUUUUGAUCGUUCUUUGGAGAGUGGCCCUUAUACUUUGAAGUAUAGGGGUAGUAUGUGGGGAUAUAAGCGCUUCUUCAAGAGGAGUGUGCUUGAGACAUCGACGUACCUUAAGGAUGACUGUCUGAAAAUCAAUUGUACUGUUGGUGUUGUAGUGUCAUCAGUAGAAUGUCCUAGAUUGCACCCAAUUCGUGUUCCUGAGUCUGACAUGGGAGUGCAUUUUGGCAUGUUACUAGAGAACGUAGAAGGUUCAGAUAUUAUCUUUGAUGUGGCUGGAGAGAAAUUUCAUGCACAUAAAUUGGUCUUGGCUGCUCGGUCACCUGUAUUUCGUUCUGAAUUUUUGGACAAGUUAGAGGAAGGAAAAGAAGAGAUUACUGUGACCGACGUGGAGCCUAAAGUAUUCAAGGCUAUGUUGCACUUUAUAUACAGAGAUGCUCUAGUGGAAGAGGCGGACCUUGCUUCACUAAGUUCCUCUUGUGAGUCCCAUAUAGCUGAUUUGUUAAUAGGUAAGUUGUUGGCGGCAGCAGACAAAUAUGGACUGGGAAGGCUCAGACAGUUGUGUGAAUCUUCCUUGUGCAAGGGUAUAUCUGUCAAUACUGUUGGUGAGAUUCUAGCAUUGGCUGAUUGUCACAAUGCCUCCGAAUUGAAGGCUGUCUGUUUAAGAUUUGCGGCUGAAAACCUUGCAGCUGUUAUGCGCUCUGAUGGCUUUGAGUAUCUUAGAGAACACUGUCCCUCUUUGCAAUCAGAGCUUCUAAAGACAGUUGCUGGUUGUGAGGAUGAUUGCAGUAGCGCAGGUGGAAAGUCCCGGAGUGUGUGGGCCCAACUCUCUGAUGGUGGUGAUACUAAUGAUAGAAGGGUUAGGCCAAGGACUUGAUUUUUUGCUUAUUGUAUGUACCAGUGCUUCCCGCAAUGAAGUACACAUCAGAGGUAAGGGCAGUCGGGCACAACUGACACCUUCAUUGGCUUCAUUGUUGGGCUGGUGUAACUGUUGUGACGUGUGCUAACCUGUGUACAAGUGGUUUAGCCUUUGAGUUGUUAAUCGAAGCUUAGGGUGCUGUUGGCACCAGUGUGUGACUGGUAUGAGCGUCUGCAAAAUGUUAAUGCAGAAUGUCUAUGUAAAUGACCUCAUUUUUCCUUGAAAUUGCAAUAUUUGUCCAAUAUCUAAAGUUACCGUUAUUGUCUGUUCUUGUC